AUGGUCCUUGCUCGCUACGGUGAAUCUGUGUCACAGCAGGAUGCAGAGCUACUCGGAGAGUCUAUCAUUAUGCCAUUCUCUGGCAAGGUCGCCAAGUCACGCUUUUUUAAGGCAGCUCUCACUGAGCGCAUGUCUUCUUGGGAUCAGCAUGAUCCCUCCAAGCGAGGUGUUCCUCCUGAGCGCCUCGUCAAACUGUACGAGGAAUGGGGAAAAGGCGACUGGGGUAUAAUCGUAACAGGUAACGUCAUGGUCCAUCCGGAGCACCUCGAAGCUGCUGGAAACGCCAUCCUGUAUGCACCUCACGAGACUCCGGAAAAAAUCGAACAGUUUAGGAAGAUUGCUGCUGCGGGAAAGGCGCACGGAAGCCUGAUGGUCAUGCAGCUAUCGCAUCCCGGGCGGCAGGCACCACUGUUUGUAGACGCUCACCCGGUCGGUGCGAGUGAUAUCCAACUAGGUUAUAGCAUGGGCAAAGAGUUUGGUAAACCAAGGGCGCUGACUGUACCCGAGAUCAAGGAGAUUGUGGAUCAGUUCGCCUAUGCGGCCGAUAUCGCCUAUCGUACGGGAUUCGAUGGAGUUCAAAUGCAUGGAGCGCACGGGUACCUUAUUGCCCAAUUUCUCUCGACCGUGACCAACAAUCGGAUUGAUGAGUAUGGAGGGUCAAGUCAGAAGCGUGCUCGGUUCCUGAAAGAGAUUGUGCUUGCUAUCCGCGAGAAGGUGCCAGAUCCAACGUUCAUGGUUGGUGUGAAGAUCAACAGCGCCGAGUUUCAGAGCGCCGGUAUCAAGCCCGCCGAUGCGUUAGAAUUAUGCCUGGAGCUAGAGGCCAUGAACCUCGACUUUGUCGAGCUGAGUGGAGGUAACUAUGAGAAAUGGAUUGCCUUUGACCAAGACUACACACCAAGGGAUAGUACAAAGCGCCGUGAAGCGCUUUUCACUGAGUUCUCCGAGGCCAUUGUACCUCAUCUUACCAAGAUUGUCGCAUAUGUAACUGGAGGCUUCCGGUCUGCUGCUGGAAUGGCGGACGCGAUCCGUGCUGGUAGCUGUGCAGGAAUUGGGCUAGGACGUCCAGCAACAUCCGACCCGUAUCUGCCCAAAGCGAUCAUCUCUGGAGAAGUCUCCGGUGCUACUCUAAGUCGGCUACCUCCCGGAGAUUUUUGGGCACAAGGCGAGGCCUGUGGGAGUCAAGAGGAGUCCAUCGCUAGAGGUUUGCCGGUGUUUGAUCUCUCCGACCCAGACGUUGCUGCCAAUUAUCUCAAGAAGACCACUGAGUUUCAUCAGCAAGUGGAGUUGGACUUUAAAAAAGGGGUUGUUGGAGCAGGAUUUGUUGUGUUUAACGAAUAA